CUCGACAAUCUGAAUAUACGCAAUGACUUCUCGGUUCGGACGACGCUACAAGCGCGAGCAUAUUCCUACCCUUAAAGUUCCUGCCGCCAUACCAUGGCUAGGCUAUGCAGCUCUCGCUAUUGCGGCCCUGAUCUGCCUUCACGGCCUUGUCACCUUUUUCCUCACUGCCUUUGCCGUUUCAGGCAAGCAGACGACCAAGCUCAAGCUCCCACUCAUAGCCCGCGCUAUUCAGUGGACAGAGCUUGCAAUUACCAUUGUAGGCCUUGUUUUCUUUGACUUUUAUUUCCUCAUCUCCCAACGAUACCACAUCAAGGAGCUGAAAAGCUUUUAUUCGCAAAGAAAUGUCAGGUUUUUGAGAAAGUGCCUCGUUUGGUGCUGGUUCCCUAGUCGCCUCGUGUUCCUGGGAGUGUGGAUUGUCCUUGCCGCAUUUCAGUCGCGAUACAUCCCUAUCCUAGGACAUAAAACGCUGUCGGAUUGUUCUGGGCUAUGGAUAGAUAAGAAAAGGUGUAAUGCGGUGAAUGGAAGCUGGAUUGCAGCCAUUAUUUACUGUAUCCUGUAUUCCGCCUCUCUCGGCGUGAAUUUGAUGCUGAUACUGAGGCUGCGUUGCUCGGAGAAUGAUUUUGAGAAUUUGGCAUCAGCAAACGACAUGCCGAACGCUCAAGCUUCCAGAUCUGUAAAUGGACCCUCGUCAAUACGCGGCCCUUACGCCCCUAUCGCAACAGAGGAUUGAUCGUAGUAAAUACUCGCUGAUAAGAGCACUGCAUUUUGGGCCGGGGCUUGUUAUAUUAUUUGCAGCCAAUCAAGACUUGUCUUGCUGCUUGGUCGACGC